AUGCCCUCUCCCUCGCCUAAGCGAAGCAUCGGCCCGGGGUGGCUGAGCGAGCCCCUCAUCUCCGUCGAUGGCGGGCCAGAGCUCAAUCAAGCUCAUGCCCCCAUCAAACCGUCAGGCUCCGACGGUCCGAUUCCCGGACGAUCCGAAGAUACCCCUGAGAUGAAUGCGCCCAGACCUCUCCAGCAGGCGCGGCGCCGCAAUCGAGUAAUCCACUCAUGCCUUGAAUGCCGCCGGCGGAAGCUGAAAUGCGAUCGAACGCAACCCUGUCUUGGCUGUCGCUCAUCUGGCCUGCAAUGUGCCUACAUCGCCGCCGCAGCCCAUGACGCUCAAUUUCGCCAAAAGCUGGUACAAAUGAAAGAUGCUAAAGACGCACUGGACAGCAGCCUGACUACGAGCGGGGAUACAAACUUGAUCACAGAAGAAGAAGAUCCUGGCUGCGGCGCCGACGACUAUCUAGAGCCAACGCCGUUGGCUACCCAGGAUGCCGCCUAUGCUUCCGAUGCCGAAGAUGACACUCACGAUAUCGGCAUCCGAGUUGGUCGGAUGCGGCUGAAUGAGAGGGUUGGAGGCCUUUAUCGCCCAAGAAUUGCAGAUGAGUUGUCGCACUCUUUGCAGUAUCUCCAAAAGCGAGAGAACCAUCACACCUCUAUCUCAAUCAUCACAUCCUCUACUCUUGUUGGGUCAUCAGGCGAUUAUAUGAUGCCUGGGAGAUCCUUUAUAGUCCCGUCGGUGAAUCUGGCUCUCGGACCGACGCCCUGGGAAGAGCCGCUGGCUAAAUUUGUCCCUGCUCGUCAUAUUGCGGACAAACUGUUAGAGCGCUAUUGGGUUGCAGUGCAUCCUGUUGCGCGGAUUCUGCAUCGCCCCACGUUUGCACAGCGGUACGAAACGCUCUGGGAACUUGUCGAGAGCGGGCAUGAAGUGCCUCCAUCUUUGAGCGCAAUCGUCUGCGCAAUCCUCUUCUCUGCAACCCUUUGUAUCAAUGAAGCAGGUGAUCUGGUAGAAGACAAUGUGCCUCGUGAAAUCUUAAAAUACCGUUUGCUGUCAGGCACGGAGGUUUCGCUUGGAAGAGCGCAACUGUUACAGUCAACAAGAGCGGAAACGUUGCAGGCCUUUGUGGCUUAUCUGCUCACGAUGUGCUUAGACGAAGUUUCUCGCGCCCACUCAGCGCUUGUCGGAAUGGCGAUUAGGUUGGCGGAAUGCAUGGGUCUUCAUCGUGAUCCUGCAGAGUAUGGUUUUUCCCCAGCAGAAUGCCAAACCAGACGUCUGAUCUGGUUUCAAAUCUGCUAUCUUGAUGUGAGAACGAGCGAAAUUCAAGGCCCUCGGCCGUUCAUCCAACCAGAUGGGUUCACCACCAAGCUUCCCUUCGACCUAAGCUCGGUUGCGGUGUGGAAUGAUACGAUAUUCUCCAUGAUUCGGUUCGAAUGCCAAGAGAUGCAUCGAGAAUGCCUGAUUCUGCGAACCAAUGUCGAUCGAAAGAAAUUGAGUCUCACGAGCGCAAUUGUAAAGCUGGAACAGUUUCGCACCAGGAUGGAUAAUAAGUACGGACCGCUACUUUGUAGCACUUCUCCGCAACAGCCAACCCAACGUUUGGCUGCGCUAGUACUGAAGCUUCUGGAAAGCUUGCUUUAUGUUUGUCUCUUGCACCGGUAUAUGAACAGUGUUGAGUAUCAAAUACCUGAUCGAUUGCGCCAAAUUGUGCUCAGCAAGGGUACUGAUGCUCUGGAAGCGGCAGUAGAGCUGGAAUCUGCGCAGGAUCUCCGCCCGUGGUCAUGGUAUAGCCGCUCCUACCACCAGUAUCACACAGCCCUGUUACUUUUAUGUGAGGUUUUCUUCUACCCUAUGCGAAAGGAGGUCGGUCGCAUUUGGCGCUGUCUGGAUUUCAUAUUCGCAGAACCGCUAUCCCAGCUCCACAUUGCUCGAAUAUCAGAGAAGCCUACCCUUGAGGAGAUAAUACAGAUAAGGGAUCUCAAAUCACGGUAUCUCCUUACCCUGAUAACCGAAAGAAUGCGUGCAUACCAGUCCAAAAAGGGUUUCAGAUUGUCUUCCCAGAUUCAGCGAUCGAAGCUGGUUGCCCCCCAUCAGGUCAGCGUCGGCUCGGAUCUCAAAACCAUACUGAAUCGUGCACACGAAACCCCGGGGUCAACCCCUUGUAUCCAUGACGAAUCAAGUUGUUUGAAGUCUGGUCAGGGAGCGGAAGGUAGAUCGAACGAUAAUCUUGGGAAGACUAGUGUGUCGGCCGAUGCCCUUCGAGACCCUCCACACACCUGGGUUGUUCCUUCCGCGAACUUUUCUGAAGAGCUACUGGGCAGUCAGAAUUCCUUGCAUGGGAGUGUUUAUGGCCCCAAUUCAUCGAUAAACGGCCCAGUUGGCGAUAACACCAUGCACGUACAGCCUUCAGACGUUCACGGAGCUCCGAAGGGUGCGACUGCGGAAACGCUAGAGAUAGACUGGGUAUGUAAUUUUCUGUUCUAUUCCUCACAAUCUCACCAUCUGAUGAUAUCUCUGGCAGAGUUUCUGGGAUACCGUAUUUCCAGUCCAGAUCAACGAUGGGAUCCUUGA